GUUGUCCUUCCCAGCCUGCACCGGAAGAAAAGCCAACGACAGUGUCAGCACCAAAGAAAACGAAACGCGAAGAAGAAGCCGCCACAGCGUCAAUGAGUACGAUUCGACGAAAUCUCAAAGAUAUGACGACGACAGAUAAAGAAGAGUUAAUGGAAGAUUCGCAAGGAUCCGCCGUCUCCUCCGAACAGCAGGAUAGCAGACGCACGAUUGAAGAAACGUCAGAUGAUGAGGAACGCCUGUCCACUGGAGCAACAGAAAAUACAGAGGAUAACGAACCCUUUCCACGAGAAAAAGCUGCUGCUCAACCUGAGGAGGCAACGGAAAAAGAGCCAAUGGAUGAAGGAUCCACGCAUACCACAUCAAAUGAACAGGAUAAUGCGCAUACCAGCAAACCGACUUUGACUUCGUUUGCACAGUUUGGUGGAGGCAAAGAAGGCGGAGCAGAUGAGGACUGGGGAGAAUUUGCAGAGGACGAGCCGGAAUCCAAAAAGGAAGAUGCGAAAACCGACACCAAGGAAAACUCCAAAUAUACAUUUGGAACCACAUCAGGCUUCGGUACCAAAGGAUGGGCAGCAACUCAACAAAAGACAACCACAUCACAAAAGCCCACCUUUGGCGGAUUUGGGAGCUCUUCAUUCGGCGGUUUCUCUAGUUCAGUAACUGCAAAACCUUCAUCGUCAUCAACGACACCAAGUUUUGCCUCGUUUGCAAAUGCCUCGGCUUCUCCUUUUGCGCUAGCAGCACAAUCCGCUUCCACAAAUGCCUUUUCUUCUCUUUCAAAAUCAUCGAGUGCCGGAUCACUAUCAAAAGAAGAUGACGAAUCCGACAAAAAGGAAACCGCCCAUCAGUCUACCGAUAAAGACAGCGCCAAACCCCCUCAAUCCCCGUCGCAUGCACCUGAACCGUUAAGCGCCAAUGGACCAAGCUUUGGUGAAGGCAUCAAAGCUAAAGUGCCUGGUGUGAAACCCACCGAAGUUAUUACGGGAGAAGAAGACGAAUACACAUUAUAUCAAACCAAGGCGAAGCUUCUUGUCCUUGAUACGACAACAGAUACUUGGAAGGAGCGUGGGGUUGGAACACUUCGUAUCAAUCAGAAAGAAUUCGACGAUAAACCACCACAAACGCGAUUGGUGAUGCGCGCCGAUUCUGUAUUUCGCCUUAUUCUGAAUCUGCUACUGUUCCCAAAGAUGAAGGUCUUUAUUAUGCAAGAGAAAUUUGUACGUUUUGUCGCCAUUGAAAAGAUGGAUGAUAAAGCAACGCUGGUGAAUUACGCAUUGCGGGUGGCUAAUCCAGCUGCGGCACAGGAAUUAUGUGAUCAAAUUACUUCCUUUAUUCCGACAGAAUGAAACGUUAUCCAUGGAAGAUCUCGAUAUUCAGCUUCUUUAGAAAACAAAUCCGGUGACACGCAAAAUCAAAAGAUUGAAGAAGAAAAAUCAAAAAAACACAACACACACAAAAAAGGAGGACAACACCCGCCUCAUUGAAGUAAAACUUUUGAAGAAUAAAUCAUAAACC